AUGCACUUCUCAGCCAGCGCAACCUUCGCCUUGGGGCUGAUGGCCACGCAAGCCGCGGCGAGGGGCAUCGUCAAGGUGCCAAAGUUCUACGCAGCAGCCGGAACCCCGACCUACACGACCACUCUCGUCGCCCCCUUGACGCCUGUUCCCACGAUCUACGCGCAGCCAUCGGUGACCUCGUCAUCGACCUCGUCCUCGGCGACUGCCACCCCAACUGCCUCCUCCAACUCGACUCUGAGCGCCGACCUGCAGAGAGCCCUCGAACUCCACAACAUCUACCGCGCCGCCGUUGGCAACGCCAACUUGACCUGGGAUGACGACUUGGCCGCGAGCGCUCAGGUCUGGGCCAAUCACUUGACGACUGUCGGCAGCCUGGUUCACGACUCGAACCCCGGCGGCCAGGGAGAGAACUUGGCUUCGCAGUCGGGCGGCACCACCACCUAUUUCACCAACGGUGUUCAGCUGUGGUUGGAUGAGAAGCCGCUGUAUGAUGGACAGCCCAUCCGCACCACUGGGUCGCCCAACUACUUGAACUAUGGUCACUACACUCAAGCCAUUUGGAAGAACACCCAGAAGGUCGGCUUGGCCAUGGCCACCGACUCCAAGGGUACCACAUUCGUGGUCGGACGUUACUUGCCUCCUGGUAACUACAUCAAUGUCUCCGCGCCUCGUACUCACAUAAUGGCAGGCACUGAGCGAGGUACCAUCACAGUUCGCACCGCUGCCUCGGAACGGCGAACUGCAGCUGCUAAGCGCCGCUUCGUCCGCAGGGGCACCAAGAGCUGCUGGGAGUGUCGCAGACGCAAGAUCCGCUGCAUCUUUGACGAUAAGGGACCUCGAGACACGUGUAAAACGUGCUGGCAGAAGGGGACGCCGUGUGUGAGUCAGGAGUUCCCCGAAGAGGAUGCCCAGACGGCUCCGGCCCCGGUGGGCAGUCUCGGGGACCGGCUGAACCGGGUUGAGCGGCUGGUCGAGCAACUGUACCACCGGGUGGACGAUCUUGAUGUCCCUUUUUCCACUUCGCCGCAGGAGAAGGUAGCAGAAGACUGUAGCCCCGGGGCAGAAGAAUCAGCCACUAUAGGCCCAACUAGAGAAGCGUGUUCUAAGGCUGUCCGCAGCCCUUCAUCAACUCAGAACGCAGACUCAUCAACGCUUGCCGCCGCGAUACCCGCCAUAGAAGAUUGCAGGGUUAUCUACAAGCUCUACUCCGAGGCUGACAUUGUCUUUCAGCUCAUGUUCACGCCCCACUGCCUAUUGGAGCAGCUGAAGCCAGAGUCUGUCGAGCACUACUUGGAAUCCCUCAGAACACCAAUGCAUCCCACUCUACUGGCCAAAAAGAUGCUCAUGUUGGGUACGAUGCUUCAGCGCGUUCCGACCCACGCCGGAGAGGAUGCGUCCGAAGAAACCUAUCGUCUCGUGGACAAGCUCGCGGAGACGGCCAUCUCUGUGGUGUGCGAGAACAACGUGCUCCUGGGCACGCUCGACGGCCUCGAAUGUCUCAUUCUACAAACUGUCUAUCAUGCCAAUGGCGGCAAUCCAAGAUUAUCACUGCUGACCUGCCGCCGUGCGAUUACUGUGGCCCAGUUGAUGGGCCUGCACCGCCCACACGAUCCAGCUACCAUUGAGACAGUGGACCCGAAUUCGACAGCCGUUCCUGGCUUCGUGUGGUUUCGUCUGGUAUACUUAGAACGCUUCAUUUGCCUCCUUCUAGGGCUUCCCAGCAGCACCCAUGAUGCAAAGGUCAUCAACGACGAAAAGACGCAGACGUACAUCAACAGCCAUCACAUUGACAGGCUCGAACAAGUUCACUCCUCUGUCGCCGCCAAGAUCAUACAACGAAACGAGUCGGGGUCAUAUCUAUUCGACAUGGAAACCACUCACGCCCUAGACCAGGAACUCCAAGUUAUAGCAACAACGAUGCCCCCACGAUGGUGGACUAUUCCCAACUUCACCAAGCCGCACAAAGACCCCAUGACAAUCGUCCGCAACAGCCUCAACCUAGCCAACCAGCUGUUCCACUUCUUCCUCAUCAUCGAACUCCACCUACCAUUCAUGCUCCGCCACUCCAAGAACGGGGCGGCCAGCAGCAGCAGAAUGGCUUGUGUCGACGCGAGUAGGGAAGUCCUCUCCAGGUUCAUCGCGAUCCGUAACCCGGAGGGAAUAUGCAGUAUCCCCGACGCCGCUGACUUCUUCGCGCUCAUUGCGGCCAUGACGCUUAUGCUCGCGCACAUCGACGCCCGCAGACGCGACAGGGGGAGAGACAUCCUCGCGCACCAGAGGCAUACGGACCGCGACAAGGUCGAGCAGACGUUGGAGCACAUGCGUGACGGGAGCUCCAAGAAUACGGAUAUGCUUUCCAUGAAGAGCGCCGAUGUCUUGAAAAGCUUACUUGCAAUCGAGGCUGAUGCUGCCGGGGGUUCGACGUUCACUGCGAGUCUCAGUUCUGCGUCGACGCCGGCUUCGGCUUCAUGUCCUGCCGGUGAAGGUCGGAGCACAGGUGAUGCCAGGAAUGUGCUGCAGCUUAAGAUUCCUUGUUAUGGGACGGUCAUCAUCUCGCCUGAUGCUCCUCCUUCUCGCGAACCUUGGAUGCCUGUCAGUCGUAACCACCAGGGUAUGGUUCCGGACAGUCGUGCUCCGGGAAAUCUCAGUGCUGCGAGCCCCUUUGUUGCAGGCCCUAUGGCAGGAGUAUGUCCAGGCGGGGGGGCUAGUGUGAUACCAGGCUCGAGUGGUCAGGGUGAGAAUCUGCAGCUCGAUCCUAAUGUCGAUCCUAGAUGGCUCUUUGAACUCGGAAAUCCCAACCUCCUGGGCAAUGGAAUCGCCGCUGGGUUAGAGGAUUGGCCGUUUCAGGGGGUUGAUGCUGCCUUUUUUGACAGUAUGAUCAGAGGGUUCGAAGGUGGUGACGACUAUGGCGGUGCAAAUGUGCCAUGA